UGUGCACGCUGUAGUGAGGGAUUCGGAGAGUCUCUUUAGGCAUUCGAGUAUGACGUCUGAGCCGUGGAACCGACUGCACAUCCCUCGCCCUGCCAUUCAGAGCUUGGUGACAGUGCCUGCGGGAGCAGAGACAGAGAAACAUGUUAAAGAUGUUGUAGAAAGAUGUAUUUCUGUCAAGGAGUCCCUGAUGAGCAAAGUAUUGGAGACAGAAAAUGCAGCAUUAUAUUCCAUAUUGUAUGUCUUUAACGAUAGGCUGGGUUAUCACAAACCAUACCUGGCAUUAAAACAGGUAGAACAAUGCUUAAAACGACUAGCAGCUAUGGGUUUAGAAACAACAAUUCAAGAGAUGCUUGAUUUGUGUCCAAGAUAUUUUGGGAAAGACGAUUUGUCUACAGAAAAGCACUACUGCCUGCCAAGUCAACCUAUCAUUGAAGUUGUAUCUGUAAAAAUACUGGGUGCCUGCAAGCUGUUAUUGCGUCUUAUGGACUGCUGCGAAAAAGCCUUCCAUUUAUGUCUACAGCAUAUUUACCUUGAAGAAUUUAUAGUUGCCAAUGUGGUACUUUUAGGAUUGGUCAGCCGGCUCUGGGUUUUGCACAGAGGCAUUUUAAAGAAGUUUAUCUCUCUGUAUGGGGCACAAUACAUUUUACAGAAAGAAGUAUCUGAUUUCCAAAAUAUGCCAUAUAUUAAGAACUUUACUUUUCCAACAAAAAUUGAAGGUUUUCUGGGACCGGUGUAUAAUAGUAUUAUUAAGAGAAAGUUACCUCAAAUAUCAUCAAAAAAUCGAGCUCUGCAAAUCAUAAAUACAGUCUUUUCAUCAAAUGACCUGGAUGAUACUGAGGAAGAAAUGCGGAAACCUGCCUUUCAAAAGUUACCUGAAACAAUGGAAAGUGUUGUUGAUGUGGGACUUCCAGUAGAAACCAAAAGAUUGUAUAGAGAUAAUUGUGGAACAUUUGAUGUCAAAGCCUUGUGUCAGCAGCAAAGAUCCAGCUUUGAUCAGCCCUGUAAUUCAAAACAGAAAUCCAAGGCACAUAAGAACAAACAGACGGUUCAGUCCUAUCACAGAUCAAGUUCUGAAUGUGCAGGGCAUAUAGUGCCUAAGCUCCAGCAAACAGAGACAUUCAGAGAACUUGCUGAAGAACUGCAAUAUGCACUAAAAUGGUGCAAACACAGAAAGCUGCUGCCCGAAGUCUCUUUUUUCCGGAAGAAAUAUCUCAGAACAACCAGACUUAAACAUGUUGAAUCGCUUGGCUACAGCCUGAAAAAAAAAUUGCAGUGUUUAAAAAAGUCUAUCUGUCGAAGCCUGUGUCGAGGGAAUCUAAGUGGAAAUCAUCACAUGCCUAGUUUGAGAAUACUAAGACUCAAGUGGACUGUUAAACAUAAGGUCACUAGCAGAAAGAAGAGAAAAUGCCUGAAUCCUUUAAAACAUCACAUUAUUUAUUCUGAACCUUCCGAGUCUGGAGUUGAAGGAACCCAUCAUAAAAGUGAUUCACUUUGUUUAGAUCUGAUCCUUGGUGCUCAAGAACUGUCAUCAGCCACCACAGAUAUUUCUUUGACAUCGGGUCAUUUGAAAGCCAAUGACAGGUUUGAAUCCAUUACUGCACCUCCGUGUUUAGAAACUAAAACGAUGAACGAUGACAUAGAUGAUAUAUUCUCAUCAAUUGGGGUUUAAUAAAUGUAAAUAAAAGCUUUACUUAUCUGUAAAUAGCGUUUACUUUCAUAUUUACAAAAAAAUAAAAGGUUUUGAAUUUU